AUGCCUCAGGUUCCAACUGAUAGUGGAACGCAGUCGAGUGAGGCAGUAAUUCCAGAGACGAUCAAUGCGGCUUUAGGACAAUUACAUUUGGACGAUCUGGAAGAGACCAAAAAUGUUGGUUCAGCUGAGUUGCAGCAUGGGGAGGAUUCUGCUGCUAGUGGUCCUAACGGUGUGCAUUUACAGCCCAAUGGGAUAUUUCAACCUCCUCCACAUCCUCAGAUGAUAAAUCCGUUCCUUCCAUAUCCUUUGAUGCACAUUCCUCAUAAUGGGUUUUUCCCUCCAGGGGAUGGGACUAUGGUUCCGUUGGAUUCCAGCGCGGCAGGUGAUUUUAGCAACCCUAUGGUACCUACUCCUCCACAAACGUCCGGUCUCGAGAUUGUUCCUGAACCCUUGUGGUCAGCUAGUCAGGACUAUCAGUUUAUGCAUAGUUCCUCAUUUGCCGAUGCAACCGCGACCAAAACGGCGGUCGCAGCAGCAACUAGCAUCGAGGAUGAAGAACAUUUGCCACCCAAUGAACCUGGAGUGGCUCAUAGAAGGCAGACUUUUCACAGUAUUACCAAUACUGAAUUGCUUGGAGGUAUUCACACAGCCCCAUUGACAAAAGCAGACCCCACCGAUGAUGACUCUAAGACGGCAAAUGACGCCAAAGGUGGAGAACUGGUUGAUACGAGUUACCCACAAGCUGCAUACCCUUAUGGAGGCCCCUUGCUACAACCAAACCCAGUUCUUUCUGGACACAUUCCAUCUGUAGCGGGUCCAAACUACAGUAUUCCAUCACCUUUCCCUGGAUAUGGGUUUACUUCUCCAUUUUCUCCCAUUCCUGGGACUUCGCCACUUACUGCUUCUCAGCAUAUGAAUGGUCUUCAACUUCCUAACGGCAAUGUUUCACCAUCUCCAAUGGACGGUAAUAAUGGUUGGAUGUAUCCCCCUCCAGGAAAUCAUCCAUUUCCUACCCAUAUGGUACCUCAUCAUCAGAUGCUAGCUGCUCCAAAUGGUAGUCCACAUUAUCACACUAGCACUCGUUCUCGUAAUGGUCAGGGUGGAAAACGGAACAACCCCAGUAAUACUUCCCAUAACAAUGGGAAUAUUCGUAAUGGAGCUGAAAGCAACAAGUUCCGUGGCGGUCACAACCACCACCACCAUCAUCACCACCACCAUCAUCACCACAACAGUAGGUCUGAUGAUGUAGCUCGCUAUGCUGAUGCUAAAUUAGAAGAAUAUAUUGGAAAAAUUUACUCUUUAUGCAAAGACCAACACGGUUGCCGUUUCCUACAGAGGCAGUUGGAUAUUGGUGGUUCGGAAGCGGCCACUUCUAUCUUUGAAGAAACCAAUCAAUAUGUUGUAGAACUGAUGACAGACUCUUUUGGUAACUAUUUGAUUCAGAAACUAGUUGAAAGGGUAACUGAGGAACAAAGGAUCACUUUGGUUAAAUCGUCUGCUCCUCGGUUUGUCUCCAUAGCUCUGGACCCACAUGGAACCAGGGCGUUGCAGAAACUAGUCGAAUGCAUCGAUACUGAAGUGGAAUCGCAAACUAUUAUCAGUUCUUUAAGAGACUCUGUGGUUGAGUUAAGCAGAGACUUAAAUGGUAACCAUGUUGUCCAAAAAUGUCUUCAAAGGUUAUCUUCUGCAGAAUCUCAAUUUAUCUUCGAUGCGGCAUGCAAGGAAUGUGUUAAAAUUGCUACUCAUAGGCAUGGAUGUUGUGUAUUGCAGCGCUGUUUGGAUCAUGGAAACAAAGAACAACGCAAACAGCUGUGCGACAAUAUCUUGGACAAUGUUAACUUACUAACUUUAGAUCCCUUUGGAAAUUAUGUUGUCCAGUACAUAUUAACAAAAGAAUCAGAGCUUGGAUCCAAUCACCGUCAUACGCAUGAAAUAGUCAAUAUAUUAAAGCCAAGAAUUAUUGAAUUAUCUCUACACAAAUUUGGUUCUAAUGUGGUUGAAAAAAUCCUGCGGACUCCUAUUGUCGCAGAAAUUAUGAUCGCUGAGUUAUUAAAUACUGGUGCUAGUCAUGGUAUAGAACAGUUAUUGCACGAUGGAUUUGGAAAUUAUGUCUUGCAAACUGCAUUAGAUGUUGCAAAACCUGCAAAUUCUUAUCUUUACAAUCGUUUAACGGAAAUUUUGAAACCAAUGUUAAUUGGUCCUAUCAGGAAUACACCUCAUGGUAGAAGAAUCAUGAGCAUAGUGCAAAUCGAAUAA